AUGGGUGGGAAUAGUUCACGGCGACGAAAGCCAAAUACACCCAUUCCAUCGUACACACCCGGAUCACCAGGUUUUAAUCGACCUGGCAUUCCACCUACGACUGGAAUUAUCAAUCCAGCAGUGAAUCCUAAUCAACAACGAGACUUGGUCCAGGCUAAUCAAACAAUAGCCAAUUUAACCAAUCAAAUCAAUGCUAUGCAACGCGGUGCAAGUGGAGCUAUGCCUAUACCACAAGCACCUUACGGUGGUUAUAUGGGACCCGGUGGUACACCACCACCGAUGAAUUAUGGUACUCCACCACUAUAUCCGUAUGGAACACCACCGUAUCCGUAUGGAACACCGGCACCAAUGCCAUAUGGUACUCCGCCAUAUUCUCCUCCUAGUCCUGCACUUCCGCAUUUUGGCGGACCAAACCCGUAUCCAUACCAUUCACCACCGAUCAUAGGAGCUGGUGGUUAUCGUGAUUCUGAUUUUUCUGCUAUGGCUAACAUAGCUGGUUUGAAUCCAGCUGAUGUUGCAUUACUUCAUCGAGAAUUUAUGAAUUUAACUCGUGGUGGAAUAAAUAAAAUCGAUCGUGUCGUUUUCCGUCAAAUAUUACGCGACGUACUUCUCGAAGCUAAUAAUGAACAAGUCGAUCGUGCCAUUGAAAAUAUGUUUGUUACCAUCGAUCGAAACCGUGAUGGUUACAUUGAUUUUCCUGAAUUUAUAGGUGCAUUUAAAGAUGUGUUAAAAGGACAUAUUUCCGAUGGUCCAAGUUAUUUACAUGAUGACAUUUACCCUGAUGCCCUAAGUAAUCAACUGCGAGCAGCGGGCGUAGGCAGCGGAAUUGCAGCGAGAAAUGUACCUUUAGUUCAACAAGCUGUACCUGCCACACAAUUGGUUUCUACUGGUGGACUUAGUAUUGUACCCUUAGCAUCGACAGCGGUUCAACAAACACCUCUGAUCUGUAGUCCUGCGGCGACUGCAGUUCAACAAGUACCUCUCGUUUGUAGUCCUGCGACGACUGUGCAGAUUUCAGAUGCAGCCGCACCUUUACUCACCCUUGAUCCUAGCCAAUCAUCGUAUGUUAUCGCAACACCCGGUCAAUAUUUGAUAACACAGCCUACAGCUUUACAAUGUGUGCCUUUACCAACAAUGUAA